AUGGGAGCUGAAGAAGAAGAGGUCGUUGUCACUCUCUCUGGAGGAGCACCCUGGGGCUUCCGUUUGCAGGGGGGCUCUGAACAGAAAAGACCCCUUCAAGUGUCAAAGGUAGGAAAGGAAUAUAUUCUAACCGUCCAAAGGUGAAGAAAGGCCAAUGGUUUAAUAUGUGAUGAAACUCGUUUGACUGCUUCGCUGCAUUUAAAUAAGUUUAUUCUCAGAGCAGAAAGCAUGCAUUCAAACUACUUCCACCAGAAUUGGAAUGCAUCCUUCAUCCUUGGACUGUGUAGUUACCCGUUUUAAUAUACAGUAGCAAGACUUAUUUCCAAGGAAGCAUGCAUGGAAUUGGACUUCAGAAUACUAUUAGGCAACCUAUAACUUGUGAGGUUCAUAUAGUAUUGUGGGCUGGUUUGUGCAGCCAAUGUUUUUGUUAGCAUCCUUUUUAUUUUUAAGGUAAGCUAAUGCAGUGGUUACAGUGGCACAUUUUAAAAUGUAACUCAUGGAUUGAAAAUGAGGCGCUCAAUAAAUGAAGCCUAGAUUCAAUAUGGUUUCAAGUAUGGAUGCAACAUUUAAAUUGUUAAUCAGAUCAACCUAUUUACAAAUUUUCUGCUGAUUAAAACGGUGUUCCUGAUUAGUUGGGGAAGUACUUGUAAAAAGUGCAAAUGACAAGCACCAUCUUUGUUGAAAAAUAUUUUUUAAUGACAAGCACUGUCUUAAAAUGACUGUUUCACCCUUUUCUCACAUGAGAAAAUGCCUAAUGUGUGCACACAUCAUGUAAAAACAAGUAUAUAUUUUGCUUUGGAACUAUUGUUCUACUCCAUAUGCACAUUUAUUCAACAAUUAAAUUAAUUAAGAAAGAUUACAUACAUACAACUCUCUAGAUGCGAUGCUUUUUCAGAUCUGUGGUUUGUUUAAACAAGGCAGGUGCAUGUAUCUCUCAAUUGUUAUUUGUCCCUUGUAGAUUAAUGAAUAUGUAUGCAAAUUGAUUGUGGGGCUUUGUCCCAUGAAAAUAGUUACAUAAAUUCUUCUCUGGUUUGGAACAAAUUUCAUGAACUUCUGGAAAGUCAGCUGCCUCUCUGUCUUUAAGAAAUGCUGUAUUGACCUAUCAUACAUGAAAGAACAGUUUCGAUGGAAUGAUCUGAUCAUGCCCAGCAAGAGGGGAGGGUUCCUAAAUGCAGGCUGCUGAAAUAAAGGCUUAUAGUCUUUCUUGUGUGCAAGCUAUCAAUUUCUACCUAUCUAAUCUGUAUGCAUAUGCUGCAAUACUGCUGAAGGUAGCAGUGAUUCAUGUUGAAACUAAUGGAAUAUAUUAAUCUUGUUUUAUGUAAGUUGCAUAACAUACAAAACAUUCAAUCAUGCCUAGUCAUGAUUGUUAGCUGGACACUGGGUACCUUGCUAUCUCCCACUGAGCAGCAAAAUGUAAUAGCCAUUGUAGCAGCAGCGGCAGCAAUAUUAGCAUAGUUUAUUUUUUAUAUGCCACUGUUCUACCAAAUUGAGUUGUUUUAAUUUUUUGAUGUUUGUUGCUCUGGGCUCCUUUGGGAGGAAGAUUGGGAUAGAAAAUUAUCAAAAUAAACAAAUGUACUCAUAUACAGCAUAACCAAAUAAGCCAUUCAAUAAAAUAAUUAAAAAUACAGUUUACAAUAUCUAAAAGCAAAUACAAACACUAAAAUAAAAGUAACAAGGCUGAACAGUUUUGGACCUUAAAACUGGCAGUAAUAAAACUAGGUGUUGUAUUUUAAAAGGCUGUUGAAAUAAAUGCAUCUUCAGUUUCUAUCAAAACAGACACACAAAGCAGAAGCCAGUCCAGUUUCGAUAGGGAGAGCAUUCUAGAGUUGCACCCUGCCACAGAAAAAGCCCUCAUCUAUUUUACACACUUGAUGAAUGUCCCAAGAUAGCACCCCUAGAACAGGACCUCUAGAGUUAAUAUUCAGUCCCAGGUGGGCCUAUAUGGGAGCAAGCAAGAGAGGAACAAUAGAACAUGAAUUCAUCUUUGUUGAUUGUUCAAAACUUCCUGCACUGCACAAACUUUAAAAAUUAAUGAAGCAAACCAAUCCUCAUAUUAUCACAGGACUGGAAUUAGGUUACUGCUGUGCUGUUCAGAUAUGCACCCAGCAUCCCUGGACAGUUCACCAGUGCUCACAGUUGGGGGCCGUGACAGCACUCAUGUGCUAGUGACGCAUGAAGGAAGCCAAUUAAGUCACGAUGAGAGUAUUUCCACAGCACACCCAUGCAUCACUACAAAAAACAUGCAAGAUGACACCAUUCUCCCUCCAAUGACCCCACUGACACAGCCAGUGGUAACUCCCACCCCUGUCGGUUUCCAUACAGGGGUCCAAACCCCUUUAUGCUCUUCGCAGCCACUGUUUUUGAGGACAGUACACAACCGAAAGGAAGACUUGCAACACAGCACUCACAUAGCUUAAUGGGCGCAUAUCGUCUCUGGGAUAUGGGUUCAAGAGCUGCUUGGGGAUGGGAAAGAACCUUUCCCCAAACGCCCAAGGGAAGGGGGUGACGGGACACGCAACAAGGGCAGCCACAGCUGUAUACUGGCAGCAACUUCCAGUGGUUCACACUACCAGUGGGCAUAGUGUUGAGAAGCAGCGGGUGGCAGUUUAAGCCCCAUUAGGGAGAAGGGAGGAACAUUUACAUCUUUCUCAUGCAUGGGGGGAAAAAGUUGAGGGCAAAAAAUUAGGAGUCCCCAGGACUCAAGCACUACAGAGCAGAUGCCUAACCACUCAGCCACAGCAGCAGAUCGCAUUCAGAUGCCAGGAGCAAUGGGAGGGGAAGUCAGCUGUGAAGUCCAGGGACGGAAAGUGAACUGGUGUAAGGUUGUGCUGUUGAUGGCUAUGUGGCUGUGAAUUACUGGGAAAAAGAACACAGCAGUGUGCUACUCCCUCAUGCUGCCAACGUCUCUACCCUAUUUCAGCCAUUCUGCCAACACAUAUUUUGCCAGUGCAGCAGCUCAGCUGGAGAAGGGUUCAGCCAACACUAGCUGCCACUGCAUCCAAGAUAUUCCGCUGCUUCAUCCGGAGUUCCACUGGGGUAGUAGGGCUUCUUCCAAAUGCUACAGCCCUUCAUCUGCUAGAUCUUCAGGAAAGGGUUGUCGCCCCCAAAUCAGUAGUUAUCAGAAAUUCAACAUUCUUGGAUGAAUCGUUUAGCUCCUGCAAUCAUGCUAUUGCAAAUGUAGCCUCUAUGCAGCUUCCAGAAAUACCUGUGUUACUGGAAAAUGAGAUUAGGUUCCAGACCUAAAUGCUUUGGUAGAAGUAAGCUGUUAAAGGGAAUGAGACCUUUGUCAGUCUUUGAAGCUUUGGUGACUAGUGAUGGGAUACUACAUGCAGGCUGAAGAGCAUAUGUGCACCACAAACUUAAACAGGUCUUUCUGUAUCGCCCUUGGGAUUCUCCCUAGACCACAUGCUGCACACAAAAACCCCUUGAGUCUUUUUGCCAGGACAUAAUGUAUCCUUGAACACACUUGCUUGCCUUGGACAAGAGAAAGGAGUGUGUGAGUAUGUAGAAACUCAUCUGCACUGUAUAGUUGUACAACUUUAACAGUCAUGGCUUCCCCCAAAUAAUUGUGGGAACUACAGCUUGAGAAAGCUUGUGAAGUAGCAGCAUCAAUUCUUUUUUCUUAAUGAUCUAGCCAGCUGCAGCAUCACAGUUUUAUGUGGCUGAGAAAAUAGAUGUGGGGUUACUUCCUCCCUAGAAGCAUAACCAUUUGCGGAGAGGUGCCCAUGUCUUCUCAAAGAGUGCAACUCUGUGGAAUUGGGGGAAAUGGAAAAGUCUGCACACAAGUUGGGCUGCUACUAACAUCAAGUCCUUUUGUCAAUAUCUAGUGUUUUGUAUUUUAUGUUGGGGUGAUGUUGAACCCUGUGUAACUGAAGACUAGGGCUGGUCUCUUCCGUUAGGCCUCAGGCAGUGGAUUUGGAAUGUCACUGAAAGGCGGCAAACAUUAGUUAUUUAAUUUAUUGUCUUUUACUCACAGGGAGACUCAGAGGUAUUUGCUGUAUUGGGGUGCAUAUUUAGGAGGCAGGGUAGCAUAUGUUGUUUUGCCCAAGGCAGCAAAAUGCUUCGGGAUAGCCAAGCCCGGUGCUCCUUCUUAAAAGUAAUGGAGAAAUUGAGCAGUUUAUAUACCAAUACUGAAACCAAGCCUGAUUGCAUUGGGUCCAAAUAGUCCAUCUCAUCAAAGAGCACAUGGAGUCACUGUGGUCUAUCCAAAUUUGAGCAUUAUUUAGCUGUUAAUCCACUCUGCCCCCCUGCCUUCAAAUUGGACCAAAGCAGUCAACACCCACACAUAUUUGAAUUUGUUUAUAAGAAGCAACUUCCCUCAUUCAUACCAAGAGACUUUCCCUUUUUCUAAUUUGUUGGUUCUGUUAUGCCAGUUAAGUACCAAACAGGGCAUUUAUACAGAUUUGUGCCAGAAACAAAUUUCUAAGGGCACAAUCCACUAUGAAUUGCUAUGUAAGCCCCAUUGUGAUGUAUGUAUGUAUGUAUGUAUUCAUCAUCUUUUAUAUGUGAACAAGUGAAAAUUCUAGUGUUGGUGGGACACAGUUGUUGAAUACCAUCCUGUGAACUUUGUUCAGUAACAGAUUGGCAGCCAGUGUUAAUUCUACAAACAAGGUGCUAUAUGCUGGCAGUAGUUUGUCCCCAUAAGCAAUCAAGUAGUUUUGCACUCCUGCAACUUCUCGACCAACCUCAAAGGUAGCCCCAUAUAGACUGCAUUGCACUACUCCAACUUUGAGGAUACCAAUGCAUGGACAACUGCAUUGGUCAAGCUGUCCCAGCCCAGGAACGGCCACAUCUGUUUUACCAGCCAAAGCUGGUAAUAGGCACUCCUAGCCACUGAAGACAUCUGUGCCUCUAAUGACAGAGCAGGAUCCACAAGCACUCCCAAACUACGCACCUGCCUUUUCAAAAAGAGUGUGACCAAGAGCAGGCAACUUGCUGACUUCCUGGUUUUGGGAACCACUCACCCACAGAGCCUCUGCCUUGCCAGGAGUCAGACUCAAUUUAUUAGUCCUCAUUCAAUUCACCACUGCAUCCAGACACUGGUCUAGACCCUUCUCAGCCAUUCCCAAUUCAGACACUACGGAGAAAGAAUUGGAUAUCAUCAGCAUACUGUUGACACCUCAGUCCAAAUCUCCAGAUAACCACUCCCAGCAGCUUCAUACGGAUGUUAAAUGGCUCUGGGCUUAACCUCAGAUAACAUGCUAAUCAACAGAGCACUUCAACCCUAUAAACCAGCAAGCUGCCUUUACAUGCUCUCUGUUCAAAAACAUAUGGCUGUUAACCAGAAGAUUAGACCAAGCUAUUAGGAGAGUCCCAGCCUGUGAACACCUAUUCCUGCUGGGAGAUUUUGAUGCCAGAGUUGGGGAACAUUGGGAUGGCAAGCUUCCCAAAGCUAUGGGGAGCUGGCUUCAGGCACCAACUCUGUGUUACAAAGAUGUUUGCAAACAGGACAUGAAGAUUGGCGACAUUAACCCCGUCAUGCAGGAAUACCUUGCAUACGACCGCAGUGCCUGGAAACAGGUUGUGUAUCCACAGCAGUGACCAGAGAAGGAAUGACCACUGGGAGGAGCACAGAAAGAAGAAACUAUGGUGCAUCUACAGCAGCAAAACCAGAUGCCUUCAUCUGCCCCAGCUGAGGAAAAUGUUUCUGCCGUAACAAGUCUUUACAGCCACAGCAGGCACUAUAACUCUCCAAUGGUUUGACUUGACCUCUGAAGGCACACUCUUCCAUUGUCUCCUGAGACAGACGGGUGCCAACUAACCAAGUGGUGGUUGGAGCCCACCUAAGGACAACUGUGGGCAGGAUUCCUGCAUUGUAGGUUGUUGAACUAGGGUCCCUUCCAACUCUACAGUUCUAUGAUAUUGUUAUCCUGUCACAGAGAACCCAAUGCUGUAUUCUCAAAAGCCUUUCAUCUGGUCUAUUUAAAUUUUCUUCCAUCAGCAGUUCUGAAAGGGAGGUUCCAGAAAAUCCUUUAUUGUCAACAUUAUUGUCUCUGUGAAUCAAUCCGGUGAGGUAGUAUCUAUAACUCGCAUCUUACGUACUGCACGUCUUAUCAUGAUAUACAUAAGAUUUUUAUGGAUCUCUUUUAUCAGAAAUUUCCAGGAUGAUUGGAUUAAAUUGGAUCGUUAAAUAAUACUAGAUUGCUUUUCUGCUUAAAAUUGGACACUUAAUGUGAGCUGUUUUGUGAAACUAACAGAAACUCCAGUUGGAAAUGGGACAUACGAACUUGCCGUGAGUGAAUGGAUUUUUAAACUCCACUCAUUGUGGCAGCUGCUGGUUCUGCUGAAUUAGCCUUUUGGAGGAGUCGGGUUAUGAUACUUGACAUAUCCUUUCCAUUCCAGUGGAACAGCUGUUGCUUAAUACCUUUUCUCCUCAUCAGUGCAUUACGGACACAUGUAUUCAUCCUUCCCUGUUUAAUUAUGUUGCUCCUCUCUCGUCUUCCUGUAGGAAGAAUUAGGAUGUUUUUAUAUAUCAGGAUUUCUGGCAAUAAAUAGUAUUUCUUUCUUAUUUGUAAUGCACAGUCCAUACGCUGGUUGAGCAUCUGUUGUAAAGAUAGUGGUAUCACCCCCACCCCAGACCUUCCAUGUGUCCCUAUUUUCCAGGGAUGUCCCUGAUUUAGAGAAGCCAUCCCAGUUUCUGAUUUGAUCCCAGAAUGUCCCACUUUUCCUUAGGAUGUCCCUAUUUUCAUUGGAGAAAUGUUGGAGGGUAUGGAGUUAUCUAACCCCUGAGCCAAUCCUGUAUAGGGAAGUUUUUUUACUAUUUAAUGUUUUAUUGUGCUUUUAUAUAUGUUGGAAGCUGCCCAGAGUGGCUGGGGCAACCCAGUAAGAUGUGUGGGUUAUAAAUAGUAAAAUUGUCAUUAUGGAAUGGGACGUCCCUAUUUUCAUUGGAGAAAUGUUGGAGGGUAUGCCAGCCCUGCAAUUUGCAUCCCCCCUCCACUGGGGAAAUCCAAUUAUACUCUCACAUAGUAUAUUUGUAUCUAUUAGGAUGACUUAUUUUCCACUGCUUGUGAUGUUUAGGGAAGUUUUUAAAGUUUGAUAUUUUAUUGUGUUUUUAAUAUUCUGUUGGGAGCCGCCCAGAGUGGCUGGGGGAACCCUGCCAGAUGAGCGGGGUAUAAAUUUAUUAUUAUUAUUAUUUAUUAUUAUUAUUCUUUAGAUGGGACAACGAGAAGAGGCUGGUUCACUCUUCUGAAUUACAAACAGCAGCAGCUGAACUUUUCAAACAGCACACAGCAAAUAGUAGAGGGGAUAGCAGAAGGCAUUUUGGAUCAGUUCAGUUUCUUGUGUGUGAUUACACAGUAUGUGAUUACGAAGUCACAUAUAAAGUCAGCCACAAGGUUUAUUGCAGCACACUUUGAAAAGUACUUUAUAGUGCUGCACUUAGUGAGUUUAAGUGGGUCCUUACUGUUUGUUUCAUGGUUUAUAUCUAGGAAUAUGUUUUUUGCAUCGCUUGGAAUCACCAUGCUGACUGGGAUUGAUUGGAGUUGUAGCCAAAAACAUCUGGAGGUGUAAUAUGUGCAAAGCCCAGACGUACAGAGUGUGGGUUGCUUUGAAAGUUUAAGGUACACAUUAUACUUUUAAAUAUAGUGUGUACUUUCGUCCUCUCUUCCCAGAUCAUCUUUUUCACUGAUACCAGACCAGGCUAUAGUUGCAAAGAAACUGAGAACUAGUCAGUCAAGUUGUGUUGGCAAUGUUAUGUUCCAAAGGGAUUUAUGAGUUUUUGAAAAGCUGCCUCUGGGAACAAGAACAGUUGGGAAGUCUUUCAUCCUAUUUUUAGAGUUUCUCCCUCUGUGUGGGGAGCUGGCUGUGAAGACUGAGAGUGGACUUUGUUGAUUUUAGAUGCCCGGGACACACAACGUAGUUGGAGACUGCUUGGUAAAUGAAGAGCUUUGCUGCAGAGUUUUUUCCUUGCUCAGUUACGUACAAACUGGAGUUCCCGAAUUACCAUAAAUCCUGACAUGGACCAAGCUGUGGUUAGGCCAGAGUACUCUGAUCUGGCUCCAAGCUCCAGAUUUCAUAGCCAUGGAGGCUGAGAGUUGCUAGGAGUACACUCCAGGAGUGCAAGAUUCUUAAGAGACGAAUUGUAUGUGAUGGUUGCCAUUGCCCCUUCAAGCAAAAUUGGGUUUGCCAUUGAAUUCCUGUCAAGUGGCGUUAAGGCUUAAAACACAACAUGGGUAGGUUAGAGGCAGGAGCUGAAUUCACUCGCUUCAUUUUUCCUGACCCUCUGAAACAGCCUUUCAAUAUCAUCUUUCUGCUGGUGAGAUGCCAUGAGUUGAAGUAAUUCUAGGAGGAAACAUCUUUAAACUAUGUUUUUUGGGGUGAAAGAAUUAUCGAGAGAGAGAAGGUUCAGACACUUUCAAUGGCUUUGUGAUUUUAGGCUGCUUUUACUCUUGGGAGGGCCUUGCAAUAGGGUUGUUUAGAUCCAAUUUGUCAAUGUGUGUGAUUGGCACAUGAGGAUCCACACACUUCUGUUUUUUCACUCACCAUUUCAUUGCUUUGCUUCUUCUUGUCAUCCAUACCACUGGGUGGAGUUUGGUAGAAAUAUCCUGGGUAUGUUUGGGAUUUUUCUGUCCUCUCAAUCAUUCCUCCCCUAGUUAUCGUACAAAAUUUAAAAGCAGUCUGCUUGGUCUAUUUUUAAAAUUAAAAAUAUAUUUGUUUUUGCAGAAUUGUAAUUUAACAGAAUUGAGGCUAAGAAUGGCUUUUGCCUUCUUGCUGUAAGGGUUUUAGAAAUGGACUGACAGUGUAAUCCUAUGCAAUGUUUACUCAGAAGUAAGCCCUGCUGGGUUCUUACUCCCAGCUUCCAGAAUCCAGGCUGUCACUAUUUUGUGAGUCUGAUACAGCUGUAUACCAACAAAUUUAGGUUGCACAAUUAAAGUGGAUUUGGUGCUUUUGCACACACGCAAAAACCCCACAUCCCCCAAAAUUCACAGAAUGUAUGUGGUAAGAAAAGUGAUGGGAAUGUGCACUGGAAAAUGUGGAAUAAGGGCAGUGAUGGGCAAUACCAUACAAUGUCUGUGCAAACAAAUUGGAAGGAAAACUCAACAAACAACAAUGUCAUAUAAUCUCCACACAGAUUUUGUGCAAACAAAGCAGGAUGACUGCUUAAUAAAUAGGUUGUCUGGAGUAGCACUUGGAACUCUGCAGCUAGCGCAGGCUGGUCCUUCCCUACCAUGAUGGGAUAGAAAGUUGUUAGCAUGAUCUUUAGUUCCACAUGAAACCUGCCCCCCAUUUAUUUUUAUUAAUGUUCAGAAUAUUAUGGAACCACAGAAACAUGUAAACAAUAACAAAAAAAUCAAUAAUAUAUCCAACUAAAAGCAGGGUAUACAAAACCUAAACAUAUAAAAUAAUAACAAUGAUCUGUUCUGAUAGUGGAGCAAGAGGUAAAGAUUGUGCAAUCAAUUCCUCUUUCUGCUCUAUAGCUUAAAAAACUGUCUUAGUGUGGUGGAGCACUCCACUCCUCAGGUUCAGGACUGAGUGGGAGGAAAAAGGUAAAGGUAAAGGGGCCCCUCACCAUUAGGUCCAGUCGCAGACGACUCUGGGGUUGCAGCGCUCAUCUUGCUUUACUGGCCAAGGGAGCUGGCGUACAGCUUCCAGGUCAUGUGGCCAGCUCAUCCCGUCGCAGGGAUUCGAGCCGCCAACAUUCCGAUCAACAAACCCUAGGCUCUGUGGUGGAAAACUCAUUGCCAAACCCCCAAAUCUGACAAUUACCAGAUUGCAUGAGAGUGUUGGGGGGGAACUGGAUUUGGGAGAAUUUUAGUUUUAGCAAGGUGCUAAGAAUUCCCCCUUAGAACUCCUUGGCAUGCAUAUGCACACACCUAUUAGAAUGCUGCCAUUUUCAGGGGGUGACAUCUAGAUGUGUCCAUCUACUUGCUCAGCAGGAUUUCCCCUUCCUCUCUUCCAUCUGCACCCUUAAAUUGUGUGGGACCUUCCAGAGUAAAUGGGGGUUUGAAGGUUGGAGGGGAGAGAAAAGGAAGGAGAAGUAUUAUUGUGUAAGUGGAAUCCCAUUCAUGUAACACUGGGUAUCAUCCAGAGAAGUCUGUUCUCCCCCUUUUUGGGCAGGUGGCUUUGCGGGCAGGACCUGGGCCUCCCUGGUAAACUGGCCUAUCGCAGGCCGGAUCGUAUUCCUGCCGCCAAAUGGGCCAAUGGCGGCUGGAGUUAGUGGGUGUUCCCCUGAGUGUGGGACCAACCAACCAAUUGCGGCCCUUGGCGCCACGCCCAGGGGAAGUUUAAAUGCCUGGCUGGCAGGGCUUUUCUGCCUUUCUCUCGCUGCACCCGUUCUCCCACUUACCCACCCUCCCUCGGAUUAGGGUUUUUCAUGGAUGGUUUGACCUUGCUAUGGACAAUGUCAGCCACCUAAAUUUUCAGGGGCCAGGCAAGAAUUUUUUCCACUUGAUUAAUUGGCACCACCACUUGGGUUUUCGCCUACCUCGUAGCAAUCGUCACAACUUUGAAAGGCGGAUAGGCAUUGGGUAAACCUAGUCUUGGUUGGAGGUGAGGUGGUAGCCUCUGCCUGCCCCUCCAUGGGUAAAAGAAUCCAGGAGGAGUGGCUCCUGUCCGAUACCCAGACGCGGGCUAGGGCCAUACUACUCCUCCAACAGGGACCACUUGAGGGAUGCCCCGAUUUGAUGUAGGGUGUGUCCCCACCCCACCCCGCCGCUGCCAUCUUCAUUCUUAGAAACACUCCCAGCAGAUGGGCAGGAGUGACAUGUAACCAAUAAAGUUGUGGCCUUAUUUGAUCCUAAAUCAAUAUCCUGUGUUAUGUCUAGUUAUUUGCACCUUACGGAACAGGGUGGUUAUGGGGCCUCAAUAUGCAAAUGAAAAGCGGAUAGUCUAUGGCUGUGUACAUCCUCCAUACAUUUAAAGGACAUCAUUUCCCCCCAAAGAAUCCUUCUGUAGUUCAUUAAGAAUGCUGGAAAUUGUAGCUCUGUGAAGGAUAAGCUGUGGUUCCUAGGAUGAUUUGGUGUUUGUGCUUUAAAUGUAUGGUGCAUGCAGCAUUCUUUGUGGAGAAAUAUCUCCAUGAAAGAGUUGUUUCUCUCCAAAUAUUGGGCUUGAGGCACCUUUUUCCCAGUCAGUUACAUUCUUCAAAUACAAGCAGAUACCUUCGCUCCAGCUUCUCCCAAUGAUAGCAUCUCACAUGAGUGUACAUAGUUCUUUAUUUUGUUAUUUGCCUACAAACUGUAUCCCAGAAAACUUGGUGAAAUGAGGGAAGGAAACCAGAUGGAAACCGCUCAGUUUGAUAGGAGCAGGAGAGCCUGUUUGCUCUGUUGCUCUAUUACUAGGUUUCAUGUUCUCAUUCCAGAUUUUUUUUUUCUUUUCCAAAUGCUAGAGGCAGAGGAAGGGCAAAGUCUCUGGAAGGCCAGGAUGAUGGCAUUUGUGCUGAUGAAUGUGGCAGAUGGAAUGAGCAAUUUCUAUUUUAAGAUUGCAGGAAAAGCUUGGAGCUGAUCCCCAGAGGCUGAUAAAGGUCCAACAAGUGUCUAGACAGCUCAUACCUCCCAAAGAAAGAUAGGCAUUUCUUCCUUUUCCUUGCUCCUCCACUUUGCAGGGGAGACACGGAGGACCAGGGUGUUAUGUUAGGCUCAUCAUCAGCAACUAUGCAGUUUUUUAAAAGUAGGGGUACACUGGGGGAAGGGGUUUGUUUUCAUUGGGACCACAGCACACUGAGAGGGAAAGGUUAACCCUAUCCUCCCCAUGUCACCUAGGUCCUGAUGAAAGGACCCCAGUUGUUGCUAUUAACUGCCAGCUGGCAGGAAGUGGAGUGCCUGGUUUUGGCCAAUGGGGGAUGAGUAUAUCCCAUGCAUUGAGAACACUGCCCCCCACUGUUGUGGUUGGGGAAUUGCUGGAGCAAUACAGUUCGGCAAAGGAAGAUGGCUCUCACGUAUGGCAAUGCAGGGGGAGGGAAAGACUUGGGGUAUUUGCAGCAGGUCCUUUGGAUAUAUCAGCCCCACACUCACUCCAGUUAUUUGAGUGGAGGCUGUUGUUACCUAUCCCAAUUUGACGUACCCAUUUAGGGUUGUAAGGAGAGACGUCUUGGUACUGUGCUCAAGCUUAGGCCGUUCUUUGCAGAGUAGUCCCUUUGUGUGCAACAUGUCCUUUCUACGUCGUUUCACGUUACUGAAGUUGCCCCUUGUGAGGGCUAGGUGUGAAUGCCAUGAGACGAGAGAGAGGACACACACUAAGCAGCUGUCAUCUGAGUUAUGGUCUCCCUAUGUGGGGUUCGCAUCAACGAUGGGGUUGUGGCCAUGGGCUGAAGGGAUAUAGGAUGUGGCAUAAGUGUGCCCCUUUCGUGUGCUGACCAAACCCCCUUUUCAGCUUUUCCAUGAUGGUAACUGUCAUGCUGUUGGUAUCCCUAUUGAUAGCCCAGGAGGGAACUUUCUCCUUCACUCUCUCUUCUCCGCUUUUCCCUUUUUAGAUCCGUAAAAGAAGCAAAGCAUGCCGUGGGGGCUUAUGGGAAAAUGAUGAACUGGUAACCAUCAAUGGGAAAUCAUGUGCUGGCCUCUCACAUGCCAGCGCCAUGCAGAUCAUCGACUCCUCAAAUGGCAUCCUCAACAUUGUUGUUAAAAGGUAAAUGAUAACAGCUGUUGGCUCUUGGUGUCAGCUGAGCACGGUGAAAAAUGCAGCACCCUGUUAAGGUAGCACAAACUGAUUUUGAUUAAAUGUUCAAUGUAAUUAUAUAUGUGAUUUCAUAUACCUUCCCAGCUAUGCCUGACCUGUGCUCCUACUUCAAUCCAGAAUGCAUGCAAAUGUCAUGCGAAAAUUACUCCCCCCACUAACAGUUACAGGGACUCUUUUUCAUUAUAUGUAGUCUGUUUUUUUUAAAAAAAAACCUCAGAAUGAAUCAUAUUAGGCUUCUGGACAUGUUGGACAUUCAGAGUGUGACCAGGCUGGCCUGUUUAAAAGAAGAUGUCAGACGUGUAAGAAAAGCUUUCCUGCACCGUAUUCCAAGUGCCUGAUGUCUCUUUUAAGCCACAGCUGUCUUGCCUUCUAAUACAGCAUUAGGACACUAGUGAUCCUUGUGGCCUGAGCGGGUGUUGCAUUGACAUGCUAUUAUUGCACAUUCAGUAGCUGAGAGCCUGGUUUAAAUUUGAAGCCAGCUACAUGGAAUGCUGCAUGGGUAAAUUCUUGCUUGCUCAGCACUUAGUGUAAAUAGGAUCAGUGUAAUAGCAUCAUCUAUCCAAGUUCUCAUUCUGAAGGCUUAUGGUUACUUUACUUAUAUAUUUUUUUAUAAUUGCAUUGGAGGGUAGAUAUCAAGAAUAUGUGAGCCAGGUAGGUAGGUAGAUAAAUAAAUAAAUAGAUACAUUGAUCAACACCACACCAAAGACUUAUAUGAAAAUGUGGGAAAAUAAGAUAGAAGCUCUUGUGGAGAUUGUUAAGCAGUUAAAAAACAGAAAGCAAAAGGUUAGGUUAAACAGUUUUCAUAUUUCAGGAAAGUUAGCAAUGCUAUACCCAAAUAACCUGUACCAAGACUGUUGCUAUUUACUGUAUUUUUUGCUCUAUAAGACACACCAGACCACAAGACGCACCUAGUUUUUGGAGGAGGAAAACAAGAAAAAAAAUGUUCCGAAUCUUAGAAGCCGGAACAGCAAAAGGGAUCGCUGCGCAGUGAAAGCAGCAAUCCCUCUUGCUGUUCUGGCUUCUGGCAUUCGCUCCAUAAGACGCACACACAUUUCCCCUUACUUUUUAGGAGGGAAAAAGUGAGUCUUAUAGAGCAAAAAAUACGGUAACUUAUAUAUCAGGAGUAAGAUGUGGACAGUGAGUGAGGAGAGAACCCUUGUGGGCUUGAGUCGUCUUCUUUGAAUGCAGCUCCUUGUUGUUUUGCUGAUAAACAGGCCACCAUGGCUGCCCUCUGGAAGCAUGGAGAUAAGCUGUUCAACAAAAAAAAGACAAAAUUCCGCUGAGCUAAUGCAAACGCUUGAGUGAACCAGAGCAGCUCUUUAGAUCCCAGCCACUCGGCUCAGUCAGCAUAAGCCCAACUGGAAAAACUCAUGGCUGUCAACUGAGCCUUAGUUUAAAGUUGUGUUCCUGGCAACAGUGCCUGCAAUAUCACAAGCAGUGCCAAUGCAGCCUGUAUGGUCUUUUGGCAGCCUUCUCUGGGCUGGAGUAUGCUUGUGGGCCCUCUAUUAAGAAAGAUGUCCAGCGUGUAAAGAAUUGUAUUCUGACACAAGGUCAACAUUAAUUAAAGGAUAAGUUGCACCCAUGGGACACUGCUAUGCAUGCUCAUUUGUAUAAAAAUUAAAGUAUUUAACAAUUUUCUCAUUUAUCAAUUGUAUGCAGUUAGCAGCUUCUUUUAGUGUGCCAUAACAACGAUAAAGCAUAACACUGUAGGUUUAGGCAAUUUUGACCAUUUUCACAUAAGGUGGCACUAUUUAUUUUUAAAAUGCCUUGAUCUGAUCCUAGAUCAUCUGGUACUUGCCCCUCCUGCUGCUUGCACGUAUCUCAGUGGCGAAUGUCAGAUUUUGCACACACAAGAGGCCAUGUUCAGUCCCCUGGCUCUCCAGUGAAAAGGACUGUGGAUAGCAAGGCUGGGAAAGACCUCUGGUUGUUUGCCAAAACAGAUGUGACCCAGGAUCAGAUUUCCUGAUUACUUUCUUAAAGCAGCAGUGGGGAAGGAGGGUGCUCUCAUUUGGAUUGGAAUCACAGUGCUCAGAAAGGAGGCGUUGACACAUUUUCCUGGGUGCUAUCAGUGCCGCUUCUUAGGUCAAAACUGGAGGCCCUGGUUGCUGCUUUAAAGAGAAAGAAAAUGUUGGGAAAUCCAAUUCUUCUCUCCCACGUCAUACGUAUUUCAGCCUUGAGACAUUGGAGAGUACUGCAAAUCAAAGGAAACUAUUAGCUAGAGUGACCAAUGGCCUGACUCAGUAUUAUCUACCAGACCCCAAACUUGCAUCCUAAUUCCUUGAGAAAUUUCAUUUCAAGUUGGACUUCUAACAUUAAAAGAAUUUUCUCAAGAAAUUAGGGUUCACGGUACAAACUUGAUACUUUAUCAAGUUGAGAUGUGCUUUUAACCGGUUUUUCUGUCGGAGUAUGUAUAUUGUGUGUUUGCUGUUUGUAUGGUGUUUUGCUAAUUGAAGUAUUCUAUAAAUCAGGGAUGUCCAACACGUCAAUCGCGAUCUACUGGUCGAUCCCUGUGAGGUUUUGGUAGAUCGCAAUCGAUCGCUGGCCCCCUUCCGGCCCCGGUCCUUCUCCCUGCACCGGCGUCUAUUGCUGCAGAAGGGAAGGCAGAGUUUAGAAACUCCACCUUCCCUUCUGGGCCAGCGAUCAUAAGAUUAGUGGCUGCUUCUGUUGCUCCCUCCCUCAGAAGAGCUGCAAAAAAGUCCCUGCCCCCCUAAAAAAUGGGGCAUCUCUCCUCCCCCCAAAAAGGUGAACAACUUUGAUCUGUACCCCUAAAAAAGAGGGUAGAUCACUGCCAGAUUUUAAUUUUGAAAGUAGAUCGCAGUCUCUCGGGAGUUGGCCACCCCUGCUAUAAAUGUUGUGUAGUUGUAGUUUUUUGUUUUGUUUCUUUUCUGUGUGGGGACACUUAUUAUGCACUGUAUCUAACCCAGUAUAAAACAGCUUCAUAUUUCUCUUUUGUUAAGAACUAGCUAUUCUCCAAGCAUCCAAGGGCAUUGUGCAUUUUCUCUGUUUCCCAUUCAACACCAUUCUUGCAAGGUUAAUUUUUCUUAAAAACUAUUUUAUAGAAGAUUGAUAAAUAUCAAAAUCAACAAACAACUAAAAUUAUAUCUUACUUUUCUGAUAACUGAAGCUAACAAAUGAUGGAUAAUAGAUAUGCUGAGACCACACUCUAAAUAAUAUGCACAGUUGCAAUUGCUUAACCUAAAAAAAGAGCUGGAAAAGAUUCAGAAGAGGGCAACCAAAAUGAUCAAGGGGUUAGAGCAACUCCCCUGUGAGGAAAGGUUACAUCAUUUGGGGUGUUUUAGUUUGGGGAGAAAGUGAGCAAGUGGGGAGAUGAUAGAGGGGUAUAAAAUUAUGAAUGGGGUAGUGAAAGUGGAUAGAGAGAUUCCCCGCCACACACACCUUCUCAAUUUACUAGAACCAAAUCCUGUGACAAAUUAAUCUUUUUGGUAUACUGUUUUGAGAGCUUUUAGGGGGCCUUUUUGGACAAUCAAACAGUGUCAAAAUUUUAUGAAAUAUAGUGAAAAUAAGAUACAAAAAUGCAUUAUAUUAUUGAAAAAUGCCAUGCAAAAAUGUGCAGAUUAGGGAAAAUUACUUAGAUGUGUAUAUUAGGUGUUGUUCCAGGUGAUGAAUUUUUAUGAGGACUUUACUGUAGUUUUCCAUGUACAGUGGUACCUCGGGUUAAGUACUUAAUUCGUUCUGGAGGUCCAUACUUAACCUGAAACUGUACUUAACCUGAAGCACCACUUUAGCUAAUGGGGCCUCCUGCUGCCGCCGCGCCCCCGGAGCACGAUUUCUGUUCUCAUCCUGAAGCAAACUUUUUAACCUGAAGCACUAUUUCUGGGUUAGCGGAGUCUGUCACCUGAAGCGUAUGUAAGCCGAGGUACCACUGUAUAAAACUAGAUUUUUAUCCUUUAAAAAUUAUGCUAAAAAGUGAGAGUCAUCUUAUACAUGGAUAGUGCAUAGGGUGGGCGUUUGAUUGGUUGCUGCCUCAGCUGUCCGUGGCUAUUUGGUGUGUUAUUGGUUUCUGCGUCAAGGGCUUGUGUUGAUUGGCUGAUGCUGCAGCAAUUGGGCAGGCGAUUGGCAGCUUCUGCUGGUGAGGGGACAGAUGAAAGGUGGAUUCGCGCCGUGUGUGGGUGAGCGAUUAUCGGCAAUCCCCCCUAAAAAAACCUCAACAACCCUGAGCCAUCUCCCCCCAUUUUCUUAAAUUUGAGUCCCCCACAAUAGGGGGCACCUUUUACAUGGGGGUGUCUUAUACACGGAAAAAUACAGUAUUUUUAUUCUUUUGCAAACCAAUGUGGAAAAUUGAACUUAAGAUUAGAAAAAGGAGAAACUGAGAGAAACUGAAACUAACAGAUUCACCCAAUACUAUUAACAAGCCAUAUUUCAUACUAAGAGGUUAAACUUCUUCAUGAGAGACCGAUGGAUGCAUAACUAGAUACCUUUCCGAUUUUUGCUUAAUUUGUAUGAGUGGCCUUCUGACUGCAAUAUAUAGGAGGUUGGGGAUUCACUCUCUGUAUCUUCAUUAGCCAUUGUGUGACACAUUUUCAUAAUUUCCUAACCAUAAAUUGACUUUGGUUCUCAAAAGAGCUAUAUUGGAGAUUCUGCACGGGAUCCACAUAACUGCAUGAAAUAUUCAUCUGUUGCCUUGUGUGUAACUGACCCAGAAUCUCUUAUUUUAUUUUCUUCUUCUUUCCUACAGGGUGCUUAGUGGGAACCCAUCUGUUGAGGGGCUCCUGCGUUCCCCUUCCCCCAGGCAGCUGCAAGUGCCCUCGCCAACUUCACCGCUCAACCGGGCCUCCCAGUUGCGCAGUCCUGAACCGGCCGUUCCCCCUGCUGCCCUGGAACCUGAGCAGCAGCCCCGACGGCAGCAGCCCCUGGAGAACAUAACCUCACCCCCUGAUAGCGAAGCGUACUAUGCCGAGACCGACAGCGACGCUGACAACAUUGCCCAGGAAAAGCACCGGAGAGCUCGCAAGAAGAGCCCCCGUUCUCCCCCAGGGGGACCAAACAAUAAAGCAGGCGAGCCACAGGACGAAGUGUCCCUUUCCGAGCUGAGCGGGUACGACAGCACCCCCGAGGCAACAGCGCAAGCUGCAGAACGUGGAGAAAACCUCAGCGGCGUAGCCAAGAGGGAGAUAGUGUGCCAGCCAGGAAGCCGCACCGACACCCCCUUCUCAGAGAGUGAAGCUAUGCUACUGCAGCCACCCUUACCUGAAGACAGAGAGCCUUCCCCAGAAGCCAUGCUCCUCCCACAUGCAACUAAGAACAUUCGAGCAGAGAGGCACCUCAUCCCCAUGAUAGGGCCUGUGGAGCACCCCGUCGAUGAAGACCUGACCACCACCUAUGCAGAGAAAGCCAAACAAGCCAGUAAGUGUUCCUGGCAGACCUGCUUCCCUUUCCCUUCUCCCCUCUUCCCUCCCCGCCCCUCUCCUUUUUGCAGAUUUCAGCUUUUCUUCAUGCAUAAUUUGGAUUUCCUUAGUGCAGAAUUUUAAGGAGUACACACAGCUCCAGUUAUAAUUCCGCAUUGGUCACUAUUACCUUACUAUUAUCUUCUUUUGAUAAUUGUAUUGGCUCAAGUUACAACUCAGGAAACCCGAGAGCUCCGUUAACUGCUUCUCCACCUGAAGUGCAACAGACUCUGAUCCUUGCUUUACAACAUUUAUGUCCACUCGACUUCUUCAGUCUGUGGGACUGGCAUUGUUACAGCUGCCACAUAAUACCAUAUUGGCCCAAAUAUAAGCUGCACCUGAAUAUAAGCCGCUCCCUUAAAAUUCCGCAGGCACUCGCACCCAUUCUGUUUUACCAUAUGUCUGUUUCAGCAGUGAUCUCAUAAAAGUUGAUUUUUGUAAGGUUGCGAAUUUAAGCCGCACUUUAACUUUUCACGGUCGGAAUUUGGGGGGGAAAGUGAGGCUUAUAUUCAGGCCAGUACGGUACUUGUUCCACACCUGUAAGAAAUCCAUCUUUUAUUCUGGUGGCACCUAUACUUGGGAACUCCUUGCUUAUUGACAUCAGGUUGGUGCUGAUGUCAGUUGUCUGGGCUAUCCUAUCCAGACAUGCAGAAUUUACAUGCCACAUUUCAUUUUAGCCAUUGUUGAUCUUAAUCAUAUUUUGACUAUUCCAAUACUUGUUUAUAACUGAUAGCAAUAUUUUUUAAUGUUUUACUUGAUAUUGUUCUAACCACUUAGAGGUGUGUUUUAUACAUUUUGCUAAAUAUAUAAAUAUUUGUUUAUUCCUGCACAUGGAAAGGGACAACAGUAUGAGAACUAGCUUUCAAAACUACCUUUGUCAGGCACAAACAAUGGUCAACCACAUGUCCAAAAAAGCCUCGCCCAAAGUCUAGUUUACUGUUGAAAAUUUAGAUCUCUGAGUCUUCUUCAGAGUCUUCCUGGGGGCUGCUGCUUUUGCUGCCAAAUGAUGUUAUGGCCCUGCUUCUGGGAUGACCUCCAAGUUGCGAGUGGUGCUCCUCGUGGAUUGCAGCUGGCCUGACUCAUUUAGCUUGCUGCUCAAUGAUACAAUGCCUUGGACUGGGUAAAUGAUGUCAGCGAAGGGGCUCUGGAUCAGUGGUGAUUUCUGCUCAGUAAGUGAGCCCAAGCAGUGACUCAGCAAGAUGACAGCAUUGACUUCUUCUGUUUGGGUGGGGCAUAAUGAACUUAAUGCAGUUCCCCCGAUAAAACAAUAAAAAUCAAAGAAAAUGUGACAAUAUGCAUGCUUUACAAUACAAAUUUAUAUCAGGUUUAGAUCAUAUCUAGUCCAGAAUCCACUUUGUUCAGAUAUAACACUAAACGAUGGUUUGGCAUUAUGUGAAUGAUCCUCAUGCUCACAUGCUCCCCUUUCACUCCUCCUGUGGUGCAGCUGUGAGGUGGUGACCAGAAGCUUUCACUUCCAGUUUUUUAAAAUUCUAUGUGGUUACCAUUGUGUCCAAAUCUAGGCAAACUGUGGUUAGUCUUAACUAUGGUUUGGUACAUGGGUAGGCAAACUAUGGCCCGGAGGCCGGAUCCAACCCAAUCACCUUCUAAAUUCAGCCCACGGACGGUCCAGGAAUCAGCGUGUUUUUACAUGAGUAGAAUGUGUGCUUUUAUUUAAAAUGCAUCUCUGGGUUAUUUGCAGUACAUAGGAAUUCAUUCAUUCCCCCCCAAAAAAAUAUAGUCAGGCCCCCCACAAGGUCUGAGGGACAGUGGACCGGCCCCCUGCUGAAAAAGUUUGCUGACCUCUGGUUUAGUAGAACAAUCCACCCCCCCAAAAAACCCCUCAGUGGUUUAUGAAUUUGACUUGUUUCUCUAAACAAGAGAUAACCCUCAGUUAUUAAAAAAUGGAAGUAAAACCUUCUGAUAUUUUAAUCACUGUGCCAGAGAAGGAGAAAAUGAGAAGGAACCCAAGGUUCACCCAUGUAACACUAGACCAUAGUUUAGUGUUAUGUCCGAAUCCAGUCAAUGAGUUAUAUCAGUUAAAUUGCCAUCUGAGUGAUCUGUGCACAUGCACUGUUGAUCAUUGGUGCUAGAUUUCAGAAAUCAUACUGUUGUUUACCAUAUUUCCCCAUGUAUAAGACUAGGUUUCCCCCCUAAAAAAUAGUCAAAAAUUAGGGGGCGUCUUGUACACAGAUAGUACUGAGUGUGGACUGGUGAUUGGUUGUUGCCACAAAAAUAGGGGGCGUCUUAUAGAUGGGGAAACAGUUGGUUUUGAACUGUUACGGUUACAUGCAGUUCACAGCAGCCUUUCUUGUGUUUUUCAAUGUUUGGUUUACUGGUAUACACAGCCUGCAAUUCUAGUGUGUGGAGGCCUACCAAGUCUCCCUAUCUGCAAGGCCAUUUCUCCUAAACAAUGCCCACCAGCUCACACCUGACGUCAUAUGUGACAUCAGGUGUACAGCAGGUAGAUAUGUAGCUGCAGACAGCAGGACUGGACCUCCCCCAAGCACACCAGCUGAUUCACAAGCAGUUCAAUUCUGUUUGGUUUGGAUGUUUUGGAAGGGAAACUAACCGGUACUACCAAACCUUGUAGAAAGUAGGAUUGAACCCUGUGUGCAUCAGUUGAGUGGGACAGCCCAGCUGCCAAUCACCUGACUUCACUUUAACGCUUGUCAAAGUGGGGAAGAUUUUAUUUUAUUUUAUUAAGAAUCACAUUUCAGAGUCAGGAGCUGAGUGAUCUACACUGCAAUCCUAUAUAUGUUUAGUCAGAAGUAAGUUCUGCGGGACUUACUAAUAGGUAAGUCAGGCAAACCUAAAUUGCCAGCCCAGGAGCUUUAGCCACCUUAGAUGGAGGAUUUUUCUCUUUUGAAUAAUGCACAGCCAUGAGGCCAAUGCUGAGCAAGACAUGGCAUGCCCAGCUGUUCUCUGCUAUUUGAUAGUCCUAGCAGUGGGUGAGCAAUGUCUUGCAUCAUGGCUUAUUUUCAUAGGCAGAGUCAGAAGGGUCCUAGGAAGGCCAGAUUAUUUCCUAUGGAGCAUUUCUUUUUUUUUUAAGAAUAAUUUUUUAUUAACCGACCAAUCACAUCAAAUCAAACCAAAUUACAUAAAUUCCAAAUUACACAGCCGAAUUUUAAAUUUUUGUUGGGGGUACCCAUAUUUCAAGUUCCGAAGGGAUCCAAUCAACUUCUUGCUUCUUACUGCUGUUUUAAUGUCCACAAAUCUAACCUUAUGAUGUUCACAGUACUAUCCAGUCCUUUCUUAUUAUUUUUCCACAUCUCUUGUUGUUAUUUUCAUAUAUUUUUCCUUUCUCUUUGUGACCUCUGAUAAUCUCCGCAAGCUGGUUAGAACAGUUUGUAAUCCUGCGUGGAUAUUAUUUUUGUUAUCCAGUAGCCAUAUCCAGACGUUUUCCAUAUAACAUCACUUCCAUACAUCAAAACAGUCUUAGCGUCAUUAAUCUUCACCAAUCUGCCUCCUUUCUCAAAACCUCUGAGGAGAUUCACUAGGAAUGCAGUCUGAAAACAAAUCCAUUCUUCCUCCCGGCUAUAAAUCCUUUGGCAAGAUGGCGACUCCGAAUUAAUUGCUGCGCCAUUCCCAAAAGCUCUUAUUGCUUCUCGGUCUCCAUAAAGCAUACUUUUGGUUAAAGUUUAUCUCCACACAGACCUUAAUCAUCCUGCUUGGGUCAGUUCAACCGAUGGUUCUAAUGAGGAGGGGUUCUUGUAAAUCAUAUAGAAGGAAAGUAAAAAAGGUUCCCCCCCCCAUUCAGCCCCGUUGUCAACAUACCCCACCUUUGGUGUAUCUUCAUCGUAAAAUAUUCCUGUUUCUCCAGCCCGUCGUCUUCUUUCGCAGAGGUCACUUAAAUUAGCAGACUUCACUCCCCUUCUUCACUUGAAAUAUGUGCAUUUGCUUCUUGCAUUUUGUAAUUAAUUAUUCCAAAUUGCUGCAACUAGUGCGCGAUCAGAGACAGCGUCCAAGAGAGCCGAUGUCCACACGGGGGCAUUCUGCCUAGGGCCCUCACCCCCUUCUUUCGAAUUAGGGGGUGAUUUAUGGGCACAGCAGGCAAGGGCAGUGUUCCCCAUUUCCUUGGGGCAACAAGGGAGGCUGCCUACUCCCAUAACAGCUUCUUAAUUACCCCGUGUGGGUCAGAGAGAUGGUAUUGUCGGCCAUCUUCCAAUGCGCCCCCUAGUGGCCCCCCAUGGAGCAUUUCUGAGGGUGCUAUAACUAAAGUAUUCUGUGUUGUGGGGCAAUCCCAAGGCAGGUGGUGCUAUGACUUUUAAAAAAUUAUUUUUGGUUGCUACAGUGAGGGCGGGAUGCGGGUGGCGCUGUGGGUUAAACCACAGAGCCUAGGACUUGCCGAUCAGAAGGUCGGUGGUUCGAAUCCACGUGACGGGGUGAGCUCCUAUGGCUUGGUCCUUGCUCCUGCCAACCUAGCAGUUCAAAAGCAUGUCAAAGUGCAAGUAGAUAAAUAGGUACCGCUCCGGCGGGAAGGUAAACGGUGUUUCCGUGCGCUGCUCUGGUUUGCCAGAAGCGGCUUAGUCAUGCUGGCCACAUGUCCCGGAAGCUGUACGCCGGCUCCCUCGGCCAAUAAAGCGAGAUUAGUGCCGCAACCCCAGAGUCGGUCACGACUGGACCUAAUGGUCAGGGGUCCCUUUACCUUUACCUUUACAGUGAGGGCAGCUCCUAAUGUGACACACUUCCUCCUCCUAAACAAUUAGCAUUUGCAUAUAGGAACAAGAAUCUGAAAUCAGUUACUUUUUUUCUUAAAAAAAUGUGUACACACACAUUUUCACACACACCUUUACCUCCCUAUGUGUACAACUCUGAGGAAGCCUCAGCCAAUCUAGCCUUCUUAGGCUGUCUGUAAAGAAGAGGACCAGUGAACAUGCAACACAAUCUGCUUUUGUGCUACUAUUGAUCGGGGAAUUUUUGCAAUUGAAGUGUGCCUGCAUAGUUUUGGCACGCUACUUAUCUGUAGUUAUAUUUUGAAGAGUGCAGCAUUCAUUCCCCACCCCUCCAAUCCUGAGCUGUAAUGCAGAAACAAUCCCUCAGCAGGAGUAGGAAGAAGAAGAAACACCCAGCUGCUCUUGAUUCAUUCCGGAUUGAGGUUGAAUCCUGAAAAAAACGAACUGUUUCUGGGGGGGGGGCAGGGUGUGGGCGGGGGGGGACUCCUUGGUCAUGAACAGGGUAACUCUGCCCCUGAAGGUGUGAAGGCUAGGAGUAAUACUGGACUCACAGCUGACCAUGGAGGCACAGGUCCAGGGUAGCUGUUGUAUCAGCUGCAUCUGGUAUGCCGGCUGAGACCCUACCUGUCUGCACACUGUCUCACCAGAGUGGCACAUGCCCUGGUUAUCUCCUGUUUAGACUACUGCAACAUGCACUAGGUGGGGCUGCCUUUGAAGAUAGCUCAGAAACUACAACUAAUCCAGCUAGACUGGUGACUUGGAGUGACCCCCGGGGGCCUAUAACACUGGUCCUAAAACAUCUUCAUUGGCUCCCAGUAUGUUUCCGAGCAUCAUUCAAAGUGUUGGUGCUGACCUUUAAAUCCCUAAACAGCUCGGCCCUGUAUACCUGAAGGAGCAUCUCCAUCCCCAUUUUUCUUUUUUUCUUUUUUAAAAGAUAUUUAUUAAGAUUUUCAAAAUGUUACAAAACAAAAAAAGAAAAAAGUACAGAAAUAAAAAUGGCUAAAAACAACUCAAUCUUUCCGUUACUUAUUUUUCAUUAGCUUAUUUCCCGGACCUCCUCACGCCUCCCUUUUUUAUAUUCCAGUUCAGUUUGUUGGUUCAGCAAAUCCUUACCCUCUUUGUUUAUCCUAAUCUUUAAUCUUAAAGUAUUGUAACGUUAAAUUUUUACCUAUUAAUAAUCCAUUUUUCAUAUUCCCUUAUAGUAUUACAGCUGAAAACCACUUAAUUUCUAUCCAACAUCAUUCUAACAUUCAUUAAUUUUACAAUAUUUCUGUAGAUAGUCCUUAAAUUUCUUUCAAUCUUCUUCCACCGACUCUUCUCCCUGGUCUCAGAUUCUGCCAGUCAUUUCCGCCAGUUCCAUAUAGUCCAUCACCUUCAUCUGCCAUUCUUCCAGAGUGGGUAGAUCUUGUGUCUUCCAAUACUUUGCAAUGAGUAUUCUUGCUGCUGUUGUGGCAUACAUAAAAAAAGUUCUGUCCUUCUUUGGCACCAAUUGGCCGACUAUGCCCAGGAGAAAGGCCUCUGGUUUCUUCAAGAAGGUAUAUUUAAAUACCUUUUUCAAUUCAUUAUAUAUCAUUUCCCAGAAAGCCUUAAUCCUUGGGCACGUCCACCAAAGGUGAAAGAAUGUACCUUCAGUUUCUUUACAUUUCCAACAUUUGUUAUCGGGCAAAUGAUAAAUUUUUGCAAGCUUGACUGGGGUCAUGUACCACCUGUAUAUCAUUUUCAUAAUAUUCUCUCUUAAGGCAUUUCAUGCCGUAAACUUCAUACCUGUGGUCCAUAACUGUUCCCAGUCAGCCAUCAUUAUGUUAUGUCCAACAUCUUGUGCCCAUUUGAUCAUAGCAGAUUUCACCGUUUCAUCCUGAGUAUUCCAUUUCAACAGCAAGUUAUACAUCUUUGACAAAAUCUUAGUUUUGGGUUCUAACAGUUCUGUUUCUAAUUUUGAUUUUUCCACCUGGAAACCAACUUUCUUGUUCCAUCCCCAUUUUUCAGCCCAGACAUAGAGAUCCAGCUCUGAGGGCCUUCUGGUGGUUCCCUCAUGGCAAUGUGGUUACAGGGAACCAGGCAGAUGGCCUUCUCGGUAGUGGCACCUUCCCUGUGGAAUGCCCUCCUGUCAGAUGUCAAGGAGAUAAAGAACCACACAACUUUUAGAAAACAUCUGAGGGCAUCUCUGUUCAGGGAAGUUUUUAGUGUCUGAUCCUGUUUUAGUGUCUGAUACUUUUUUGUUGGGAGUCACCAAGAGUGGCUGGGGCAACCCAGUCAGAUAGGUGGAGUAUACAGUACAUUCAUUCAUUCAUUCAUUCAUUUUUCUACUAGGACACAGCUUAGGUGGGCACACACUGUUUUCCCUGUAUUGUUCACACAGUACGUUUGUUACUGUGGCUGAUACUUCAUGCACUCAAUUAUAUGUAACACUCAGGCCUAGAUGAGACAGUUUAUUUAUGAUUUUUUUUCAUUAGUGGCAGUCUGAAUCAUGAGAACUAUAUACAGUGGGAGGGUUGUUUCCCUCUCUGAAACAUAAAGUACACUCUGAGUAUUUGCUUUUCUUUCAUGUUUGAUGUCGUUAAAUCGAAUUGGGGGAUGAAGGUUUUAUGGUCAUAUCUGCAGGGGUUGGACUAGAUGACCUUUGGGUGUCCCUUCCAACUCUACAAUUCUAUGGUUCUAUGAUAUUUGGGCAGGGGGAGCUAAUCUUGAUGUUUAUUUUGCUCAAGGAGGCUUAGUUUGGUCAGAAUCUAGUUUAAACCUCCAGAGUUAAUGAAAAAUACAUUACUUUUGUUAAAUGGGCCACCACAACCACUAGAGGGCCAUGAAAACGGGUUUAUUAGACUCAUCUACCUAUGUACUACAGUGGUGCCUCGCAAGACGAAAAGAAUCCGUUCCGCGAGUCUCUUCGUCUUGCGGGUUUUUUCGUCUUGCGAAGCAAGCCCAUUAGAGGUUUAGCGGCUUAGCGCUACAGUAUUAGCGGCUUAGCCGGCUUAAAGAUCAGCUGAUAAGCGGCUUAACGAUCAGCUGAUAAGCGGCUUAGCAUCAGCUGUUAAGCGGCUUAAAGAUCAGCUGAUAAGCGGCUUAGCAUCAGCUGUUAAGUGGCUUAAAGAUCAGCUGAUAAGCGGCUUAGCCAUCAGCUGAUAAGUGGCUUAGCAUCAGCUGUUAAGCGGCUUAAAGAUCAGCUGAUAAGCGGCUUAGCCAUCAGCUGAUAAGGGGCUUAUCAUCAGCUGUUAAGCGGCUUAAAGAUCAGCUGAUAAGCGGCUUAGCAUCAGCUGUUAAGCGGUUUAGCGGCUUGGGAAAAAGGGGGGGGAAGGAAAAAAACCCCGCAGGAACUCGCAAGACAUUUUCGUCUUGCGAAGCAAGCACAUAGGAAAUUCGUUUUGCGAAGCACCUCCAAAACGGAAAACCCUUUCGUCUAGCGGGUUUUCCGUCUUGCGAGGCAUUCGUCUUGCAGGGCACCACUGUAUCUGGAACCAAAGUGGCACAUUGGUUGCCAGAUAUGAUUCCCAACCCCCCAGCUCUUCCACCCCACUAGCAUAUCAAGCAACCCCACCCAGCCUUGUGGACAGCAGGAUCUAGAAACAAUCUAGAUUAAAAGCAACAUGCUGAGGAUGAGCAUGAAUAAUUCUGGAUUGGGGAAAACUCAGUUUUUGUUCUACAGACUAGUCAGUGUAUACAUAGUCUGUGUAUUGUAUCCAGAGACUUAUGGUACUUGUAGCCAGAGGGGACACCAAAGGAGCUUUAUUGAAAAACAGUCUAUAAAUUAGCUAUUGGCCUGCCCUCCUUCUGCAUCUAUCUUUGUCUCUCAUCAUUCUGGGUAAUUCUUCUACAGCUCCUUCUUCCCAAGCAUGAAACUUUGGAGUCUUAUUUCAUUCCUCUCUUUAUUUUUUUAAAAAUAUUGUAUAUAAGUUACUGCCAUUUUUGACUUUUAAAAUAUUGCUAACAUUCUGUUUUUGUUCCCUCUUUUUGAAUACUACUUAAUGGUUUAUUUGCUGGCUUGCCUACAUUUCAUCUUUGUUUAACCCUUUCUUCAUUGACUGCUUUUUUCUUUACUGGAUUCAAUUUAAGCUACAAUACUACUUUUUGCUUUUAAAUCCCUUCACUCUUCCCCAUCUUUCUCUUUUGCCCUACAUCUUUCUGUCAAUAUGUUCCUCUGCUAAACCUUGAGUGCUUCCUCUGUUUGACAUCACUCCACUUUGCUGUCCCUUGUCUCUAAAAAUCCAGACCUCCUGACAUUCAGCCAUCUCUCCCCCUUGAAACAGGGCUUAGACCACAUUCCAGAAGAAUCUCACUCUUCUCCCUUCAUUCUGCCUUCUGUGCUCCUUCCCCUCUCCUUAUAACAGUGUCUUUUCUGAUCUUUUCUUUUUCAUAUACGCAUUGAAUAGCAGGGGUGGCAAACCAUUUUCAGGCCCAUGGUAAAUUGAGUGUGACCAAAGCAAAAAUGUAGGUAUGGCUGAAGUAGAAAAUUAAAGCCCUUUUAAUAACUUCCCCAGAAUUCCCAUUGCAUAUUUAUUUUAUUUCUUUGUUGUUUAUUUAACUCCCUGCUUCCGUCCAAAUCCUUCCCUUCAUUUAAUUGCCCUCCCCCAAAAAACCCAUUUAUCUCUAUCUCUCGUUUCCAUCAACGAACUCUUCACUUUAUGAAACCCCAAAUCAUUUUAUCUUCUUUCCAUCCAAAGUGAAUCCAUCCCCUUCCUUAACCCCCCCUCUCCAAUUAAUUCUAUUUGUACAACGUGCAGUGACUAGCUAUUCAGGCAUAAUGAUAAACAAGUAAUAAUAAACAGUCUGUUUACGGGAUUGCCAGCUUUUGAUUUCAAAAAUUCUGGGACCUGGCUGAGGCUAGGGUUGGGUCCAAGCAGUAGCGCUUAGAAGAUUUGCUGGGUCCAAGAGAAUAACAAUAGCUUCCUAUUUAUUUUUUUGUAACAUAGUUUAUGUUCAUUUUCAUCUUUAAACUGUUUAAAUGGUUGCAUCAAGAUAGAUCAUUGUCUACAUUAGACAUAUGACAUGCAACAAUUACGUAAAAAUAAAACAACAAAAAACACUCAAAUAAACAUUUCUGAAUAUAUAAACAAAGUUGCAUUGAAGUUUAUAUACCAAAAUCAUUACAGUUAUUACAGAUAUGAAACGAUGUGUAGUAAUGUUUAUUGGUUAGAUUGGUGACCAUAAGUAAAAGUAUUUUGUAUCAAUAACAAUUUGAAUUUAUGGGGUAGGGGGGAGGAAAAAUAAAAUAAAAUAGGUAUUUCCUACACUCAACUGUGCCUUAAACUCUGGGUACUGUUCCACCAUAUACCUCAUUAUUUGUGUAAUCAAUAAAGUCACGCCGGACUGCAUUCUUCUGCAGUUUUUAGCAUGGCAUUGAGGAGCUGAUCAGGGAAAGUGGGUGUGAGGGCAGUCUGCUGCUGUAGCUACUUCCUCUUUCAUCUGAUCUUUCUUCAGCUGCCAUGCAUCAGCAAAGUUUUCCAGCAGGGGGCUGGUCCACUGCCCCUCAGACCUUGUGGGAGGCCGGACUGUAUUUUUUUAAAAAGAAAAUGAACAAAUUCCUAUGCCCCACAAAUAACCCAGAGGUGCAUUUUAAAUAAAAGCACACAUUCUACUCAUGUAAAAACACGCUGAUUCCCGGACCGUCCGUGGGUUGGAUUUAGAAGGCGAUUGGGCCGGAUCCGGCCCCCGGGCCUUAGUUUGCCUAACCAUGUAGUACAGCAUGUCUCACGUGUCACAGAGUGUGAAAUGGUGUUCUCUGGUUCAUCUCCCAUUUACUUAGAAGACAUCUGAAGGCAGCCCUGUUUAGGGAAGUUUUUAAUGUUUGAAAUUUAGUGUUCUGUUGGGAGCUACCCAGAGUGGCUGGGGAAACCCAGCCAGAUGGGCAGGGUAUAAAUAAUAAAAUUAGUAGGAGUAGUAGUAGUACAGUGGUACCUCGGGUUAAGUACUUAAUUUGUUCCGGAGGUCCGUUCUUAACCUGAAACUGUUCUUAACCUGAAGCACCACUUUAGCUAAUGCGGCCUCCUGCUGCCGCCGCGCCGCCUGAGAAAGAUUUCUGUUCUCAUCCUGAAGCAAAGUUCUUAACCUGAAGCACUAUUUCUGGGUUAGCGGAGUCUGUAACCUGAAGCGUAUGUAACCUGAAGCGUAUGUAACCUGAGGUACCACUGUAGUAGUAGUAUACUUGGUGCCUCUGGACUAGAAAUGGGCAAAUCUGUUGAUUUCGGUUUCUCAUAUUUCCCCUCUUAAGUUCAGUUCGCCACAUCCAUUUGAACCGCUGCUUAUUUGAAGGAGCGUGUUCAAGCUGGCUUUUCCCUGAGAAGCUACAUCCUGAAUCAGUUGGGGGCACGGGAGGCCUUGCCCUUGCUGGAUGGCACACCUGGGCCUUUUAUGGGCAGGACAUAGAGUGUGCCCCGGAACACAUCUGCUGUUUUUGAACAGGCUGGGGGAUGCUUUGGGGUCCAAAGGACCUUCGUGGUAGCUUCUUCUUGUUGUUUUUAAACACACACUCACUCUACCUUGCACAUAUAAAGGACAUGCAGCUGCUCUUAUUCUCUAACCUCUUAUAUUUGGCUCUCUGUGUUCACUGUGACAACUGCCGUGGAAAAAUUGUUUUGCCUGCCAAAGUUCACUCAACUUUGGCUAUAUUGAGAAUGUGUUCUUGCUAUACUGCAUCAGUUACUCUUUAUGGAUCAUAUGUAAGGAUAUGAACAGGGUCAAAAUGAAUAGGGCAUGAUCUAGCCAACCUUAAGCAUGUUUAAAUCCAAUAGAUUUUGAUUGAAAUGAUGUAAGUGCAUGUGAUUAACUCUGCAGCUGAAAUGCGUGAGACAACCAAGUUCUUAGCUUUGCUGGAUCAUGCGCAUAGUGUUUUGUAGGAGUUAAAAAUUCAGCAAAGCACAGGGCAUCAUCUGUUCUGUAAAACAUUUCAAUCUUUUUCACUUCAAAUUCAAAUAUCUCACGAAUAGAAAUCUACUGACUGGGUUAAAACUUGAUAACACUCAUCAUAUUCUACAGGCUCAAUAUGUUUUUCACGCCUGUGUCUACAUACACUGAUUCACACACUGCUAUAUAUACUUCAUGAAAACAUACAGAUCACUCUCUUUCAGCCUUUAUCAGAGAACCUUUGCCUUUAUCAAAUACCUGUUGAUCUGCUAUUGCAGUGAAUUUCCGUUGGUAUGGACAGACUUUCACAAUUCGUCCUGUACUAUAAAUAGUCCAGCCUUUGGAGUUGUUUGCUUUGAGGUUGUACUGCAAUGUUGCUUAAUCUCUGGCUGAUGUAAAAAGUGGUUCAUAUGACUAUGUCAUUCUGUAAAGGUUAUUUGUUCUUUAUUUUCAACGGGGAGUGAGAUUGAGCUGCAGAGAACUUAGUUACAUGGUUAAAUAAACUGCUGCUUGCAUGGACCUCCCAUUCUCAGGCAUUGGCACGGUCUAGAUCUUAUACUAGGAAAAGGGGUUUCUAUGAACUCCAGUAACAUGCUGGAAAGAGAUAUUAGGCAGUCCAAAACCAUCCCACAGUGCUGCUCCACUUGCUUUCAUAUAAAACUGGAAGGGAAAUGAGGCCAUGAUGUGCUCCUGAUUCACACUGCAGUAAUUUCAGGUGUUCUUUAUAAAAUCAAAGCUGCUUGUUUUGAGUAGCUGUGUUAAAUGUAUGUAUAUGACAGCAUGUGUCACUUUGACAGUAGUCAGAAAUACAUAAGAAGAAUUUGGUGCUUUUGGGAGGCAGUGUAUGUCCAGCCAGUAUCACACAGUAAUGCAUGCAGACAUUUUUGUGACAAACAGUGCAGUAGACACCCUUCCACCUUCUCCCCCUGCAAAGUUCAUGAUGGGAAAUAGUGGAGGAACUACCUGGUCCAGAGAGAGGAAAACACCUAUUACACCCUUUCCUCAUCCUGAUCUCACAAUGGAUCCUUGCAUUGUUCCGGCAGUACAUUGUAGCAGGAAGAGCUGGGGCUAUAUAUAUUUUACCUUUGCUGAUAAAUUUCACUCUUAUAAUUCUCCCAUCAGGAGGGUUCUUCCUUGGUGAUUCCAUGUUACUUUGCCAAUUCAAAUUUAUCUCUCCUUAAAAAUCUCAUACUCAGCUACAGCUGUUAGAACAAGGAGCAUGUUGAUAAUUGUGUAACAUCUGGAAAGUGAGGCACCACUAAGGGCUCAUCCAUGCUUACUUUUUUGCCACUUAUCUAGGCACAGAUCCGGGCUUUCCAUGUCCAGGUCCAAGCAGGUGUGUGUGUGUGUGUGUGUGUGUGGUUUAUCUUUCUUCUUCCCCUGGCACGCUUUCCCUGGGGAAAGCCAUGUUUUACCACUGAUCAGAGCAAGUUGCAACCGGGUUUUCCAUGGAUUGUCAUUUGCUCCAAUUCAGAAGCAGAUUGUGGGUUUUCUGGGGCAGACUGGGACAUUCUUCUUAGCAGUUUAGGAAUAGCCUGGGAUCCCACAUUCCGUUGUGACCACCUCCUGAUGUUUUAAAACAAAGGAAACAUAACUCCAAGGUGGGAAACAAUCCUCUUUUAACUCCAGUAGGUCAGUUGCCCAGAGUCCAAGUAGGAUAUGAAGGCAGUCAUGUUUGUUUGUUUGUUUGUUUUAUUCACGUGUCUGCUCCAUUUAUUUCUAAUUAUUUAGACAUGGUUUCAGGCCAGAGUCAGUCUUGGUUGCUCUGAGGGGAUGUUACCUAUUGUGAGAGGGCCAAGCAGACUGUGACCUUGCUUCUCCUGCUUGAUCUCCCCAUGGCUUUCUGUACCAUUGACCAUGGCAUCCUUCUGAUCUGUAGAAUGGGCAUUGGGAAAACUGACUUCAGUUUUCUGUUCCUACCUGGAUGGAAUUGCAUUCUACAGAAAAGAGCAGGUUCACAGCUUGCGGAUGCUGCUGGAUUCAACAGUGCCAGUGGAGGCUCAGGUGGCCUCAGUGGCUCGGAGUGCCUUUUUCCAGCUCUGGCUGGUUUGCCAGCUACAAUUUAGGUCCAAGGUACCCCAGGGAUCACCUGAACCCUUAUAUCCCAGCUCAGUCACUGAGAUCAGCAUCUCUGGUUGUUCCCCGAGUUGACGAGGCUCAUUUGGAAACAACAAGAAACCAAAUCUUUAGUGAUCAGCCCAGUCUUUUGCCAAAAGAGAUUCAACAGGGUUCAGCCGUUUCAACUUUUGAACGCCUGCUGAAAACUUUUCUGUUCUGCCGGGCCUAUGCAGGCAUCCUUCCGCAAUGGUCAAUUGAUGCCUGUUUUAUACUUUUAAAUGGUGAUGAAUGGCCCAUCUCCAUUUGGAGAAAUCUACACCGAUGUUGGGACAUGGGUGGCGCUGUGGGUAAAACCUCAGCGCCUAGGACUUGCCGAUCGCAUGGUCGGCAGUUCGAAUCCCCGCGGCGGGGUGAGCUCCUGUCGUUCGGUCUCAGCUCCUGCCCACCUAGCAGUUCGAAAGCACCCUUAAGUGCGAGUAGAUAAAUAGGUACCGCUUUAUAGCGGGAAGAUAAACGGCGUUCUGUGUGCUGCUCUGGUGCCGGUUCGCCAGAGCAGCUUCGUCACGCUGGCCACGUGACCCGGAAGUGUCUGCGGACAGCGCUGGCUCCCGGCCUCUAGAGUGAGAUGAGCACACAACCCUAGAGUCUGUCAAGACUGGCCCGUACGGGCAGGGGUACCUUUACCUUUACUUUUACACCGAUGUUAUCCUUUGUAAGUGACUGUAUCAGAAAAAUGCCAUUUGUGAAACAUGCCUGACUAUCAGGAAAGAUGACAGUGUUUUUUGAUUUAGUGCCUUCAUGCUCAGUGACUCAAAGAGUCCCCUCUCCUGAGCGCAAGUGUGGAAACAUUUGUGGCAAGGGACAUGUCCUAUUUUAAACCCCAUCUAUGGGAGGAGGAUGGGAAGUGGAGCAAGUGUUUGACAGUUGACAAUGUCCAUCACACUGUUUAGUGAUGAUGCCUGGGGGGUAAAAAUAGAGAGAGUUACCUCAUGGCUUUCAGCAGCAAUGUCGAGGAGACAAAAGAGAGGCUUUAAAAGGCUAGUGGAGCUGUAGGCAAAGGGCCUGGGCUCUUUUAAGGUUUUGGUUCUGCUCCAGAAGGGAGCUGUUCUGCUUCUCCCUCUGUUUAUGGAGAGCUGUGAGUUAAGGGUGUGUGACAUGCCCUUCUCUCCGGGACUAGAUGUUGCUUUCAAGAGCUUGGACCAACCAUAUGCAGGUACCAGUUUGUUUUGCAUGCCAAACUUUUGCAAGCCUCCUCACAGACAGAGGCUCCACUUGGCAUAAGGGGCUUUGCUUUCAGAUGGUUUGUGGAAGGAAGCUGUAGAUCAAAGGUAGCUGAAUUUUUGGACAGUAGGAAGUGGAAUGAGGAGAACCAGCUGGAAGGGGCUUUAAACAUCCUGUCAGUUGUGCAGUGACUAUUUGCCUGAUUUGAUCACUAAAUUAUAAUGGCCGUAAAGAAGGUAAAACAGUGCUGAUGAAAAGAAUUGGUGGUUGAUUCAGGACAAGGAAAAGGAAGCAUGCCUUCAAAAAAGAUGCACAGUGAUUUUAUGGAAUUUGCUCCCACAAAAUGUAGGGGUGACCCCUUGGGGAGGCUUGCUCUGGAGGGUGACUAGAGAGGGUGACUCAUGGGGGAGAGAGAACUCAUUGGCUAUUAGUCAUGAUGGCUACUGGGGAUCUCCACAUGCAGAGGUGAGGAGGGCAGACAAUGCUGCCUUCAUCCCUGAGCUUCUUGGAAACAGCUACCUUUGGAAAAAGGAUGCUGAACUAGAUGGAUCCUUGGUAUGAUCUUACAUGAUUAUUAAACACAGAAGACUUCAGGUUUAUUGGAAUUUCAGCUAUUGUUUCCAUUGUACUUUGUACAUUCCGUUAUUUUUUAUGAGGUGUAUAGAGCCCUGUCGGUAUCUUCAGCACCUUCUGUUCCCACAGAUUUGUCUGUCACUCGUCUUGACCUUCAGUGUGCCCAACAGUGGAAUGGAUAACAUUCCAGAACAGCCUGUAUCUCAGUGGCUGUGCCUCUAGAAUGGAUGGAGCAGCAAAGGCAGGAGAAGGAGGAAAAAAAAUGAGAGGAGGCUGAAGCAGGAAGUGCUGCCUUUUCUCUUAGGGCAUUUUAAACAUGGCAUUAAAAAUGUGUUUGAGACUCCUUCCUAUUUAUUUUUUUAAUGUCUCCUAUGAAUACUGUUCAUGCAUGAUGAGGGAGAGACAAGAAACGGAAUGUACACUCUGACUACACUGGAGUUAAUUUUCAUUAAGAAUCGUUUUACAGUCAAUUUAAGUCUCGCACGUGAAAAUGUUUCACUAUGGUUAUCUUGGACCAUUGAUUAAACAUCAAGAAAAAUCCAUCAGAAAAAUAUUUUCCCCCGUUUUUAUUUUAAAUGUUUUCCAUCAAGUUACCCCCUCAGAUUCCAGAAACUCUUCAGCAGAGAAAUGGAGAUGGAUGAUAGCCUUGACUGCAAUUGACAAGGCAUCAUUUUCUUCUUUAAGGUGAUGAAAUGUGUUUGGAAUCGUGUAUCCGCUCGUGGCUCCCAUCAUGUGCUCUCUCCUUGCAGCACGCCCUUGGCUUGUUGUCUACUGACCUCUCCCCCCCCCCCCGCCCCACUCAUCCCCACUUAAAUUCUCUCUGUUACAAACACACAUACUAUGCUUCUCUGUGCUGGAGUAGAGGACACUUGUGCUCGAGGAGCACAUGCAACAAAACGAGGUGGCAGAAAAAUACCGUUUCAGAGAUCUGCAAAGGGAAGAUCAUAUUUUUACAUGCUGCUUUACAUUUAUUUAUUUAUUUAUUUAUUUAUUUAUUUAUUUGAAUUUAUAUACUUCUUGAUUGUACGGGGGAAAGACUCAAAGUGGUUUACAUUCUAAUAGAAAACUAGUGCAGCGCAGGAAGGGGGCUACUUGAGCAAGAAUCAUAGAAUUGUAGAGUCGAAAGGGACCUUUCACUUUGGUCUGCCAGGGGAGGAGGUGUUUCCUCUUCCUGGAAGCUAUUUGUGGGGGAUCAUCUCAAAAGUCGCCCACCUGGAGCCUGACAUGGUCCACCCUACUCAACUCUGCAUGUGUAGACCCAGCCCUCAGUCCUAUGAAACCUGUCUUGGACUACCACAGGCAGUGGGAAAUUGUUACCUUGAUUUUUGUCCAAACCUCAGAUCCAAACUGGAAGAGCCAGUGUCAGAAGUUUUUUAUUUUCCCCUAUCCAGCCAGCUCUGAUAUCCCCACAUUACCUGAAUGCCUGGCACAGUACUGGUAAUAGUUAGUGGGAGGGGCAAGAAUAUUCCUCAUGUUGAUAGGUAACUCUUAAGAACAUAAGAAGAGGUUGCUGAAUCAGACCAGUGGGCCAUCUAGGUCUGCAUCCUGGUCUCACAGUGGCCAGCUAGAUGCCUGUGAGAAGUCCGCAAGCAGGUCCUGAGUCUAAGAGCACUUUCCCCUCCUGCAGUUUCCAGAAACUGAUAUACAGAAGGAUACGGUCUCCGGCUGUGGAGGCAAAGCAUAACCAUCAUGGUAGUAGCUGUUGAUAACCUUCUCUACAAAUUUGUCUAAUCCUCUUCUAAAGCCAUCCAAGUUGGUAGACACCACUGCCUCCUGUGGGAGAGGGUUCCAUAGUUUACUACACACAGUGUGAAUAAGUACUGUAUUUUACACAUAUGAACAUAAGGCAGGCUUGGCUUUCCAGCCAGAUUCCCCGCAGUAUCCUGACUGUGCCUCUCUUUUUGUCACUGUUCCUUGCAGAGCUUCAUCGCAGUGAGAGUAUGCAGGAAAAGAAUGUGAAAGAAGCCAAAACCAAAUGCCGAACCAUUGCAUCCCUGCUGACAGAUGCGCCCAACCCCCAUUCCAAGGGCGUCCUGAUGUUCAAAAAGCGCCGCCAGAGGGCAAAGAAGUACACCCUGGUCAGCUUCGGAAGCGUUGAUGAAGACCGCUGCUAUGACGAAGAGGACGGCGUCUUCCCAACCAGCGAAUCCGAGUUUGACGAGGAAGGCUUCUCUGAUGCCCGGAGCCUAACAAACCACUCGGACUGGGACAAUACUUACCUUGACAUUGAGAAGCCCAAGGGGCCUCCUGCCCACGAGCAGGACCAGGCUCAACAAGGCCUCAGCGGGGUAUCAGGCAAGGGGGCGCAGUUGUUUGAGCAGCAAAGGCAGAAGGCUGGGGAACAUACUGUGGAGAGAGUCCCUACUCAUGAGCCAGAAGAACAGCCCCCACCUCCACCUGUCCUUCAAGUGCAUAACGUGUUACACAAUGAAGCCCCCACUCCACAGAAGGCAGAAAGGGCCCCUCUGAGUGUCCACUUAGAAGCUGUACAGGUCUCUAGCCAGCUGCCAUCACCCAGCCCUGCUCAGCUCCAGUCUCCACCAGGCAUCUUCGGAGGAGGAGGCGUGGGCACCCCGAACUCGCCAAGUGCCACCAGCAUCUUCAACAGAUCCGCCCGACCUUUCACUCCAGGUUUUCCCGGGCAACGUCCUAUGACUUCCUCUGUCGUGUUCAGACCAUCUGCGCCAAGGAAAAGCAGUGAGAGUUUUGGUGGACAGAGAACAGCGGCGCCUCCUUUCUCCCCUGUCACUCCAGGGACCACUCAGCUUCCUGCCGCUCCCAUGGCAGUGCAGCCUAGUGGCCCAGCAAGUGCCUCUGUGUCUCUGUAUAUCCCAACCCCUCCAUCGUUGGUGCAACUCUCAGGGGCUGGAAAUUCUGCGGAGGCCAAGCCACCUUCCAACACAGCCCGAACCUCCACAGCUUCCAUAUACCUAUCGGCACCUUCUAAGCCAGCUGCAGAGGCUGUCGCUGCUACACCCCCGCCAUUGCUGCCUUCCCAAGGCCAAGAGACGGCUUCUUCGACUUUGUACAUCAGCCCCGUCCAACAGCAGCCCCUCUCCCAGCCCUUCACUGCUGUAGCGCCACCCAUCUCACGGCCUGCUUCUGAGCCCUUUGCCUCCAGGGAACAGAGAGUUGCAGUUCCGGCUCCCAGAACGGGUAUCUUGCAGGAAGCUCGCCGGCGGAGCAGCAAGAAGCCCAUGUUCAAGACUGCGGAGGAGAAGAAGAAGAAUUCCCCCAACCCCGAGUUGCUGUCUCUAGUGCAGAACCUGGACGAAAAGCCCAAAGGAGACCACCACGGGGCAGGCUUUGAGUCUGGGCCCGAGGAGGACUUUCUCAGCCUGGGGGCCGAAGCCUGCAACUUCAUGCAAGCCUCAGGCCGGAAAUUCAAGACCCCGCCCCCAGUAGCUCCUAAGCCCCAGCAGUCAAAGGCCUCUGGCGGACUGGUGAACGGCUCCUCCUCUGCCAACGACAUAUCCCACUUGAAGGGGAAAGGGGCAGAGCUCUUUGCCAAGCGACAGAGCCGCAUGGACAAGUUUGUCGUGGAGUCUGCUCUCACACCGGCCCCAAAGGCCAGAACCCCAUCCCCGACCCCUUCCCUGCCUUCCUCCUGGAAGUACUCCCCCAACAUCCGCGCCCCACCCCCCAUCGGUUACAACCCACUGCUCUCUCCGUUUUAUCCCCUGGCAGCCAGCAGGUCGCAGGCCAGCAAGGCAGAGAGCAAAGUGAAAAAGGGGCCCAGCCAGAAAUCGGGGAUCAAGGCCAUCGACUUCAUGCGGCACCAGCCGUACCAGCUGAAGUCCGCCAUGUUCUGCUUCGGGGAUGUGCCAGGCUCUGACGUCCAGGCCUCCUCCGCAAGCCAGGCAGCCCAGCAGUCCAGCCUGUCUUUCACCCCGGCCAAGCAAGUGCCCGUGAAAACAGCCCGGACCUAUGAGAUCCGCCGCUUCUCCACACCUGCUCCAGCGCCGGCUUCCAGCAGCCUGGCCCCUACAGUGCUGGCCCCCCGCUCUGCCACCACACUGGAUGAGCCUGUGUGGAGGACAGAAAUGACCUCCAUCUCUGCCCCCGCUUCCCCAGGGCCCUUCCAGGUGGCUCCCCCACAGUAUCUAAGCUCCCCUGACCUCAGCCAGCCAGGCAGGGGGCCUUCCCCAAGCCGACCCUCCUCAUCCUCCAGUUUCCAGGUAGCGAGACCCAGGUUCUCAGCUGCGCAAACUGGGAUGCAGGCACACAUCUGGAGACCAGGUUCUGGUCACCAGUGAAAGAGAAAUAGCGCAUCCCCAUCCCCAUCAAUGGGCUUCUUCACACGUUGUGGUUUUUUAGGUGUACACCUAAGGGUUGGGGGGGCGCGUACAUCUUCAGAUUUAAAGUGUAAAUGCAGCAGUUUAUCCUUAAAGUGCACCCACCAGAGAGCUACGAUUGGCUGCAGCUCACUGCUGAGUUCCCACUUUGUGGCAAACCCAGGUUUGCUGCCGUGUAGUAAUGUGUUGAGAUGGCCCACACGCGCAAGGCAGGCGUUUGAACAGAAUAGUUACCUUUAGCUCCUCCCCUCCCUUUUCUGUUUAAGUUGAGUUCCUGUAAAUUAGGACAAUGAAGCCAAAUGGGGAGGCAAGCAGCCUCCUUUUCCGAAUCACUGAACUAUCCACUUUUUGGACUUGCGACGUUUCCAAGGGAUUUAACUGUGUGUGGCCGGAGCAGGAGAAAAGUAGCAACGAUAGAAGGGUUUGCCAUUCACGUAGCGGCAAGAUUCAUAACCGCCCUAGGAAAAGCAGUACUGUGCAUCUGUAAACAAGUGCAUUUUUAUAUCUGAGAACAGCUCCUCGCCUCAUCAUCCGGAAGCCCCAUGUAGUGUGAACGUGGUGGUAAGGUGGAAAAGAAGCAGUCGCAGAGGCAUGGAUGGACCCUCCUAAUUGUCUCUCAACACCUGCCUGCUAAAGCCCACAAAUUCAAAGUUUUCAUCACUCUCUUCCAAACAGGAUUGUCUUGGAAGCUUGUUGUGAGUUCCUUGGGGAGGCAGCCAGUGAUGUAUUGCAAGUUUCCGCUCAUGCUAGGUGUAAGAUACCCAGUCUUUGCCCUGCCUUAACUGAGAGCAAUACUGUAGCACAGCCAAAGUUUUCCAAGGAAAUGCAAAUUGUUGUUGUUAUUUCUUAAAUUUGUAUACGGCCAUUCAUCUGAAGAUCCCAAGGUGGCUCACAACAGAAAAUCACUUUCUCUUUUGCAUUUACAGGAAAGGCUUGGCAGGCAUUUCCUCAGUAUCCCUGUGUUAUGUCUCUGUCUCCACAUUAGCAUUACGAAGCAAAUACGGCGACUGCCAGGCAUGGCAUUUGCCUUGUAACAUGCUGUUCUCUCUUGAAAUGCCCCAAGACUGUGCCCCAGAAUCAUCUGCUUCUUCAACAGAUAAGUCAGAUAGAAAGUUUGAAAGCAACUGGUUGACACAGAUGUGUGUGCCAUUUGCUACGUAAUUAAAUGAGACAGGAGACAUAAAUUCCUCAAAGUUUCCUGGUCCUCUUCUGAACAGCUGAACGAGAGGCUGUGCAGGACUGCAAGGGCUGAAAAGCAGCAUGAGAUGAGAAUUCGAGGUGGAAGAGGCACAGAGGCAGCAAGGCAGUCAAAUGACUACUUCUUUACGGCAGUAGUGGGGUGAAGGUGUGUGAAAAUGCAGGGAAGAUCUUCUCUCCAUCUCUCUCUGCUUAGUAGCCAAUUUGCGUUGGUCAGAAACCGGACAAUGUUGUGUGUCGAAGCACCAGAGAAGGAGAACCCUUUCAGAAAAAUGAAAGGAAGACCAAGUGUGGAAUUUUGGAGUGCAAGGUUUGACAUUAAUCUCUUGCUAGAAUAGGACACUGUAAGUGGGAGGGAGGAAUAUGUGAGCAAGUGUGGGAGUGGUUUUCAGAGUCCACAGGACAGAGUUUUAAGGCGUUCCUGUACCUCAGAUGCUUGGUCCAAUGUCUGACAAGCUAGCAACUGGAAAUGCAAGUCCAGGGCCGGUUUUUGUAGACUCUCCCAGGUCAAUGAAAGCUAGCAGGGGGGAAAGGGAUGGCUAGGAGUCAUAUGUCUACUCAAAGCCAGAAAGGGAUAGAACAGGCAGCUUGCUGGAAGAACUGCCCUGGAUGUGCUUGGGGUGUUUUUUGCAUCCUCAGAAGCAGGCGGUGGCCAUACUAAAACCAAGAAAGUGGCGGGGGGGGGGAGGAGAGAUGGCGUUAAUCAAUGUAAUACCUUUAAUUUCUGUCAACAUAAUUUGAAGCUUCUGAGUUCGGCCUCUUUACCCAUUUGCAUGAGAAAAUAACUAUGUAAGGUAUGAAGCAAACCCAGCCCCUGUCCCCCGAAUAUUUAAUAUGAUGGUGGGGAGAUCCGUUUUAACAAAAUGCUGCACAGUGUAUACCUGAUUCCCACACAAACUUGACCUUGCCUGGCUUAUCUUGGCCACAGUCCAGGCCAGUUCACAAUGUAUUAUUUGUAUGGAGGCCCAGGUAAAACACCAAAGUACAAGGGCAGGCCACUGUUCCUGCAGAAACGGGGGCCUAAUUAAUUGUUUGUACUCUUGGGGCAUUCAGUCUCUACUCAGAGAAAAGCGAGGGCAGGGCUUUUUUCCCAGCUCACUGAAACUCCGUUCCAGCACCUCUCAGAUGGGUGCCAUGCUCAUUAUAAGAGAGCAUGGGAGGUGAGUUCCAGCACCUCUUUUUCUAGAAAAAUAGCAGUGAGCAAGGGUGAAUUGACUAGGCCCACGACCUCCUGUGGUGCAUCAUUGCUGCACAGUUUAGAGCCAUUCGUGAGUUUGGGGGGUGAAGUUCUGAAGUGGAGAGGCUCCCCAUGUGAUUUAGAGCCCUAUGUGUUUGCACAUGAGGAGACUGAGCGGCUGAAUAAGGCUUGUAGCAUGGAGAAAAGCAUGUCUGCCAUUUGAAAUCAAUGCAUCAUGUAUAUGUUUUGGCCAGUUAUCAUGAGGCUCAAAAAGCAGCUGAGAUGCCGAUUCCUUACUCCCUGCUAGUUGGAGAAGAUACACACACAAAAAUACAUAUAUACUGUAUAUAUGAGAAUACUCCUGAUCCUGUGAGUCAGGUGAUAGCAAAGAGCCAAUGCCCUAUCACUGCCUGUUAUCGUAACAGUUUGCUGCACUCUUAUCUUAUUGUAGAUGGAGUCUAGAUAUUGUUGGACUACAAACUCCCACCAUUCCCAGCCACCUUAGCCAACUGUAAGAGAUGAUGGGUGUUGGAGACCAACAUCAUCUUGAGACGCAAUGUUGGAGAACACAGGCCUGAUCUCAGCUGUCUGUUGCAGGAAGUUAUCCUUUCAGCAGGCGAGGGUGGUUGAGGUGGGGCUCCAAGUGCAAGAGGGUGGAUAGGUUGAAGGAAGAGUAGAUCUGAAAUACUGGUUAACAUUGUCUGAAGAAUACUAAGUCUGAAGAAUGCAAACCUGUCAUUCAAGAGGGAGACAGAUGGAGCACAAGGGUGGUUUAUAAUGUGCGGUUUCCACAGCCAGAUACAGUGGUGCCUCGCAAGACGAAAUUAAUCCGUUCCGCGAGUCUCUUCGUCUUGCGGUUUUUUCGUCUUGCGAAGCACGGCUAUUAGCGGCUUAGCGGCUGUUAACGACUUAGCGGCUUAGCGGCUAUUAACGGCUUAGCGGCUUUAAGAAAAAGGAAACAAACUCGCAAGAACUCGCAAGACAUUUCGUCUUGCGAAGCAAGCCCAUAGGGAAAUUCGUCUUGCGGAACGACUCAAAAAACAGAAAACUCUUUCGUCUAGCGAGUUUUUCGUCUUGCGAGGCAUUCGUCUUGCGGGGCACCACUGUAUGUACUUAGGCCCAAGGUCAAAUAAGUUUGGGAGGCCUCAGCCUCCGUGUAGUCCUACUGACCUUAUGCAGCCAAGUUUGAGUGUUGAGACCUAGCGAAAUCAGGCCUGGGGAGGUGGGGUUGAUCACUGGGAUAUACUUCUCGAAGUUGCUGUGCCGUGGAAUGCAGGUUGCCAGUUUCCGACUCUUCUGAGCCUCCUGUGUAUUUUACAGCUGCUUGACUGUCUGCGAGAAGCACUGUAGUGAUGGUAGCAGAACCUCCCUGGCCUGGCCUGGCUUGCUCUGCAGCAACCGAAGGCAAAAAAGCUCUCUUGGUGCCCUUUCACUAAGAGCCCUCCUGGAAAGGCUUAGUACAGGCAGGAAGUACGGAUCAGGGUAGUGAUAUGCUUACCUUUGAAAACGGGUGCUGGGCACCAUGAGAAUGUCGAAGAUAGGCUCUUCCCAUUCCUUCAUCCUGACCCAGGUUUUCAUAGUUUAAGAAGAAAUGUGAAAUGGUGGAGGGAGGCAGCUUCUUUGCAAGAAGCAUGAGAAGAGAACGCACUAGAGGAAGGGAUCCAGUGGCUCUGUUCUGCAUGACAGCCCCUGUUGUGCCAGUCUGUGCUCUAGAAAGGUUCCAAGUCCAAUCUUACAGCUUAGGAAGUGAAACCAGGAGCUAGAAUUCAGAACAGCUUAGGAAGCAAUACCGGGAGCUAGAAUACAGAACAAGAGUUGGGAGCAAGGAAUUUGGAGGAGCUCUUGAUGAGGCUUCUGUCGUUUUCACGGUCACACACAACCCAGCUGGAAACCACAUCAGUGAAAUUUUCACAUUACCCUUUGUCAGAUACCUUGUCAUUGUUUGCUAUUUAGACCGGCAGCUCUCUUGCUUCUCCGGGAGGGUGUUCAAAUUUCACAUCCAAGAAACGAACCUGCCAGCAACAUCCUGAAAUACACAGGGCUGUACAUCUCAAGCAGUAAGAAAACUUUGUUCUGUUCUUUUGGAAAUAUUUUUAUUUCAUUUUAUUUUUGAAGUUAAAAGUCACUUUACAACUGCUUGUGCUGAGGAAUAAAUUUCUGAUACGCACUUUAACCGUUGCCUUCAUUUGCCUCUUUCAUUUUCAGUUUCUUUCACAGUGUGAUCCCAAAACAUCUUCACACUUGAACCAAUGCUGUUACAUUCAGUCAAAGUGACUCUGCAUUGCACUAAACUGCCGGUCUAAGAUAAUGAGAGAAGGCGGCAUUUAAGUAGCAUUGAUGCUGCUCAUGUAAUAAGCUGCUUUAUUAGGCAUAGGGAACCGCUGGUCAGGGAUGAUGAGCAUUUUAGUCCACCAAUGACUGGACAGCCACAGUUUCAGUAUAUCCUUGUGAUGCAAAAUCUUCAAGGCAAGUGAAUGAAACAUAGUGUAUCCUGAGAUGGGGAGGGAACUCUAAUGACGGACUUCAACCUCUCACCUGUUGGAUUCUGAGAAAUGUAUUGCUCCCCCUCCUCACACACAUAAUGUACACAUCUUGACUGCCUUAUAUUUCCCACACUCCUGCAAUCCAGCCCUUUCUCCUGGUACAUAUCCUGUUAGUGGCAAACAGAUUCAGUGGGAAACAAAUACACAGAAAACACUGGAGAGUCAGAACCAAACCUGAAACUCCCUAACAGCCAAGAAAAAAAAUCAGGAUUCCAUACUCUACAUCCUUGCUCUCAUCUGUGAAAGUUGUGGGAUUCUCCAGACCAUUUGCCCCUCCCCCCUUGAAAAAGUGGCUCUCUGUUCCUCUAAACCCAUUAAGACGCUUCUUCCCUCACAAUCAGAGGAAAUGAUGGAUGCCUCUCAAAUCCCCAAAUCUCCCCCUGGAGAGUUCUCAGUGGUCUAUGCCCUUUUGAGGCUGCCCUUUGUGGUUUCAGCGUGAGUUUUAAGGCAGGGAAUGAGGAAAAGCUCUUACAGUCACCUCCAUUGUGCUCCUAAACAAGGUCCCUUCUGCAAGUUGUUUACAAUAUAGCAGGUUUUUAAAAACCAGUGCAAAUAUGUGCCUUUUCUACUAUCAUGUAUUAGGCCCACUGUGCAUCUUGCAAAUGUCUUCACUGAAAGGUCAAAUCCACACUAUUCAUGGCUUUCCCCAAAGAAUCCUGGGAAUUGUAGUUUACCCCCACAAAGCUAUAAUUCCCAGCACCCUCAACAAACUAAAGUCCCCAUGAUUCUUUGGGAGAAAUCAUGUGCUUUGAAUGUAUGGUGUGGAUGUGACCAGAUUCUAAUUCCUUCCUCCUUUACAAAGAGGAUAUAAGGCAGGCACACACGGCCACUAGAUGGUGGUCUUGUGCUUCCAUAGCUUAGCAGGGUUCUGCAUUCACCUGCUGUAGUGAUAAGUUGGGAGGAUUUAAAAUCUUAUGGCAGACUUACAAAUCCUCUCCACUUAAUCUUUUGCCCUUUGGACUUCACAGAGAAUCACAUCUGGCAAUUACUCUGUGCCACAUAUUUGCAGGGUUGCAAACCGAUCGCACGUUCUUGGCUCUGCAAAUGGAUGGCUUGCAAAAAAAUCUAUUUUGCUCCACCUGCGCUGUUAGGAUCACAGGCCGCGUCACAAUUCUUCCACUUCGCCCAGCAGGCAGCUGUGGUCUAAUGAUGCUAACCUUUUGUUGCUUGUGCAGGUUACAACUAGUAAGGGCUUGCUGUUUGCUGCUACCCUAG